AUGACGUUUCUCUUCUCUCUCUUGCUUUGUUGGAUUAUUUCCGUCUUCUUCCAAUCAAUCAAGUCUAUCCUCAUCCCCAAUAUACCGUUACCCUCACCUCACCUUCCUCCGCCGCAACUUUUCUCAACCCGUCAACCCGACGUCCCGGUACCCUCAUUUCCAUUUCGUCUCUUCCGUAUCCCAUACCUCCCGCUAGGCAGAAUUAUCGAUUUUAUGGAUCCAGAUGCAUUAAUAUCGCUAUCCUUUUGCUCUCGGAAAAGUCACUCUGUCAUAAAAACACAUCGAAGAGCACCAUUCAAUGGACGUCUCUGUGUUUCGGGAUACGACAACAAUUUAUCAUUCCGUACAUUUCAAAAUCGCAAUUGUGUGUUAAGUGUAAGUAGUAGCUACGCAUACAUUACAAAUAAGGAAAGAAAAGAAAUGGAAUACGUGAGAAUGAACUGGAUGUAUGUUGGAGUGUACCGUUCAAAUGGAAAUCUUGUGUUACGCUGGUAUGGUAAUACAACGGAUGGAUUGGAAGAGACCACUAAUUAUGUGACCGAUCUAUUCAAUAUUGAUGUAUCAGAAGUCUGUGUAUUUAAAGAUGCAAUCAAAAUGAUUAAAUGGGUGAAUAGUAUACAGAAGACACCAUUGAAAAAAAUGGUUUACAUGGACUGGGGCGUCAUUUCAUCGGAAGAAAUGAUUUAUAUUCUGAGGAAUUGCACAACUUUAUCUGAAAUAUGCAUUCUCUCAAAGUCUCCACCCAAUUUCCGUUUCUCGAAAAAAUUCCGAAACAUCGAUUGCUUAGAUAUCUGUUACGGACAAUGGGUGACAAUCAAAAACCUAUUAACAAUGGAUGGAAUUGUUAUUAAUCUGAAAAGGUCUACCCUGACUAACAAUGAUUUAAAUGUCUUUCUGAAGCACUGGCUGUCUGGAGGGUGUCCUCGAUUGAAACUAUUCCGUGCUAGAACUGGUUCUGUGGAUAUCUUUCGAGUUCUAGCUGGUUUACUGCAUAAUGCCGUUUUUGUGGAGGAUCGUCGAGACUACACUAGCCCUUUUGGACACAAAUGUGGGAUGGAUAUGACAUUCGACGUGCGGAUGGUGUGA